GUUUUCAAUUCAUUCCUACCAAACCACUCAAGUGCAUCAACUUUAAUUCCCUCUGAACAAUACACUCUCACCAAGCUCUCUUCCUCUUCAAUGGUUGCGGAGGAUUAAGCACCCGAGAAGGCCGAGAUAUCCAAACUAAUUAAACAAAAAUUAUGGCCUCAGCUCCCCCACUCCCAAUCCAGAGGCUUCCGAAAAUGGAAGAUGGGCCCACUUCAACUGUGUCGCUGCCGUACUCGAGCAAUCCAAAGAAGCGGUGGUCCAAUUGGUUGCCGUUGUUCGUAGCCAUAGUGGUGGUAGCUGAGAUCGGUUUCCUGGGCCGACUCGACAUGGCGAAGAAUGUUGACCUGGUCAACUCUUGGGCUGACUCCUUCUACCAGUUCACUACCUCGUCUCUGUCGUCGAUGUCCACCGUCCCCGCCGCCGAUGACGGUUUUACUGCUCGCGGCGGCUAUGCGGCCAGGAUCACUGAGGAGCGGGAUCCGCGCCCCGGAUUGGAGAGCUGCGAAGAGUGGUUGGAGAAGGAGGACACCGUGGCUUAUUCGAGAGAUUUUGAAAAAUACCCAAUUUUCGUACACGGUGGCGAACAGGAAUGGAAAUUCUGUGCUGUGGGGUGUACAUUUGGAGCUCAAGCUGACAGGACGCCUGAUGCUGCAUUUGGAAUGCCUCAAUCAGGUGGCACAGCUAGUAUACUUCGGUCGAUGGAGUCUGCAGAAUACUAUGCUGAGAACAACAUUGCUAUGGCAAGACGGAGGGGAUACGACAUUGUAAUGACUACAAGUCUUUCUUCAGAUGUUCCUGUUGGAUAUUUCUCAUGGGCUGAGUAUGACAUUAUGGCACCAGUCCAACCUAAGACACAGAAGGCUCUGGCUGCUGCAUUCAUUUCUAACUGCGGUGCUCGCAAUUUUCGGUUGCAAGCUCUUGAAGCACUUGAAAAAGAAAGCAUCAGCAUUGAUUCUUAUGGCAGUUGUCAUCGAAAUAAGGAUGGCAGAGUGGACAAAGUAGAUACUCUGAGGCAGUACAAAUUCAGCUUGGCUUUUGAAAAUUCCAAUGAGGAGGAUUAUGUUACUGAAAAGUUCUCCCAAUCUCUUGUAGCUGCUUUGUGGGCAUCGUUGCAAACUUGCGGGAAAUAUGGCGGUUAAUAGGGGCACGUGUGUGAUUGUGGUUUUGUUGGGUAUCCUAGCACACAGGUUUGCAUCUGUCUUAUGUCCAAA